CCCAGAGACGUGCACAGCGGCCGAAUAGAAGCGCUGCUAACCGAGCUAAACCGAGCUAAAACCGAGCUAAACCCGAGCUAACGGUGUCCACACGGGAAACACCGCACAGAGCCAGCACCGGGGGGCCGAACGUGGCGCUAAAGACCCGAAAGGACGUGUUUUUGGGGAGGUAUCUGGUCCCGCGGGGCGUGAGAGUGCGUGGAGCCGCUUCUGGAGCGAGCCGCGGCUAGCUCCCUUAGCUCCCAAACAAGAAUGGGGGCUAGGUCCGCACGGAUUAGCCCGCUACAAAAGUGACCUUUGACUGUACGCGCCGAUGGCAAAUUUUACGGAUUACCACGAAGGAAAGGCGGCGAUGCUGAUGGUGGAGGCGCAGCAGCGGGACCUGGGGCCCGGAGCAGCCGCGAACGGAGAGGGCUCAGCCGGGGAGCCAACCGGGGAACCCCCUUCUCCGGUAAUUAAUAUCGGCAGCAGCGGAGGAGGCGGCGGGGCUCGGUUUCAUUCACAUUUACCGCCCUCCAGUCACCUCCAUAACCUGCACCAGGCCCCGAAAGAGCUACGGGAGCAACAGCAGCAUGUGUCCGGGGACAGCACACCGACGCACGGGCAGGCGCAAGAGGAGCCCCCCCGGUCCCCCGCAGCCGCCUCCAGUAGCAGUCAUGUUUUCCCCCCUGUGGGUUCCGACGCCGUGGAUGAUAUUCGUAAAUGUGGAUAUCUACGGAAGCAGAAACACGGACAUAAGCGGUUCUUUGUGCUGCGAGCCGCCAGUCACUCCGGACCGAGCCGUUUGGAGUAUUAUGAUAGUGAGAAGAAGUUUCGGAGCAGCCUGCGCGCCUCCUCCGCCGCCACUGUAGCCCCCUCCUCCCCCAAAAGAGUCAUCUACCUGUACCAGUGUUUCACCGUGAACAAGAGGGCGGACUCCAAGAACAAGCACCUCAUCGCUCUCUACACUAAGGAUGAGUAUUUCGCGAUCGUGGCGGAGAACGAGGCGGAGCAGGAGGACUGGUACGUGGCCGUGAGCGCGCUCAUGAACGAGGGCAAGAAGGGGCACGUGGAUUCGGACGAUCUGGAUGACGGGUACGGGACCGUGACGCCGGGGACUGUGUUUAAGGAGGUAUGGCAGGUGAAUGUGAAACCUAAAGGACUGGGACAGACGAAGAACCUCACCGGAGUUUACCGCUUGUGUUUGUCCAGUAAAACUCUUCACCUGGUUAAGUUGAACUCUGAGACUCCAUGUGUGAACCUGCAGCUCAUGAACAUCCGGCGCUGUGGACACUCUGAGAGCUUUUUCUUCAUUGAGGUGGGACGCUCGUCUUCGAUUGGACCUGGGGAGAUCUGGAUGCAGGUGGAUGACUCUGUGGUGGCUCAGAACAUGCAUGAAACGAUUCUGGAGACCAUGAAAGCCUUAAAAGCCUUUGCAGAGUUUCGACCCAGAAGUAAAAGUCAGUCCUCUGGCUCAAACCCGAUGCCCUUCAUCACAACGCGUCGCCAUCUUGGAAACCUACCUCCGAGUCAGACGGGAUUACAGCGGCGGUCGAGGACAGAGUCUGUGGUUGGGACACCGCCCUCCAGUAAAAGCUCCGGAGCAAGUGGAUAUCGCUUCCGGACGUCCAGCGAAGGAGAGGGGACGAUGAACCGGCCUUUCCGCUCCGCCACAGGAAGCCUGGUGCAUCUGAACUCAACGCGAGCACAACACAGCAGACAGGAAGUGGGCGGGGCAGUGGCUACAGGCAGCACAGGUACGAAUACAGCAGGUGCACGCUUCGCCAGGGCUGUUCCAGGCACGUCAACUUACCACGCUCGCUCCGCCUCUCUGCCCGUGUCACACUUCCCCUCCACCACCAGCCCCGUGAGUGUGUCCUCCAGCAGCGGGCACGGCUCCGUCUCAGACACUCUAACAAGACCAUCCAGCGCCUCCAUCUGCGGCUCACCAUCCGACGGCGGAUUCAACUCCUCAGACGAGUACGGCUCCAGCCCCGGAGACUUCAGGUACUUCAGAGUCCGCAGCAACACACCGGACUCGCUCGGAAACACGCCACCGAUCCGAGAGGAAAACUGUUUGAACGACUACAUGGCGAUGGGCUGGAGCCGCGAUGUGUUUGGGCCCAGUGCAGCAGACAGUUUACGAGAUGAGGGCACAUCCACUGAAGACGAGCGCUUCUCCUCUUCGUCGUUGCGCAGAAGGACGCACUCAUGCUCACGGCCUACAGGGGGUGCCACAGGUGGGUCUGGUGUGGCAAUGUAUCAGAAAACCACACAGACGAACUUCUCCCUGGAUGAGAGCUCAGACACGCCUCCGUUUGGAGGUGGGCUGCUCCGUGGGGGUCCCUCCUCUUCGUCCUCGUCUCUGCGCUCAGACUAUAGCUCCUGCUCCGAACACAGCCAAAGCCGCCCGUCCACUCUGCCUCGCCACGACUCGACCAGUGAGCGCCCUUCCCUUUCUUCCUCCGCCAAAGAGGACAGCGGCUACGUGCCCAUGAUGUGCGGCGUGGCGGCGUCUUCCCGGGACACGCCCCCGGACUAUAUGCCCAUGCUACCCUCUCAUUCGCCGCUCUUCUCUCGUGUGGCUCCUCCCCCUCCUCAGCCGCAGUCAUUCACGGACUCCCAUGGAUACAUGAUGAUGCUGCCAGGAAGUGGCAGCGGCGGCUCUCCCUCCCCGGUGCAAGCGUCGCCUCAGGCCAGAGAACGAGAAGCAGAACGGCCAGAAAACGGCGAGUACAUGGACAUGUCGUACAGCGGUGGAGCGAGGAGCCAAGCCCCCUCCACCCCAGAGGCUACACCCAAACCUCACAACCCGUACUUUUCUCUGCCACGCUCAUACAAGACACCCACAAGAGAACGAGAUGAGAGGGAUUACAGUGAGUAUGUGCCCAUGAGCUCGCCUGCCAAACCUGGCCACACCCCCUCACACCCGCCUCCCCCUUACUCUGCCCACCACACUACCGCCGCCAUGUUAGACCGCCGCACUCGACCCAACCGCCUUCCCCUGGGCCGGAGGAGCUUCCACGGGCCAAUCAGAGUGAGCGAACCGGCCACCUCCUCUACAGGCGUGUCCACCUCAGCGCCGUCUCACUCUGAUGACCCCUCCAGCCCCGGGGAGUAUAUCAACAUCGAGUUUGGAGAACACUUUCCACAUCAGCAGCAGCCCCCGGCGUAUCCCUUCCCUGAUGCCUCUGAGCAGCGCACUUCCCCGGCCCCACACCAGGACUACAUGUGUCUGGAGGUGGGACCGGAGAAGAGCCAGUCCCCUCGGCCCAGCCUGGUGGCCCCCUGGAACCCCCCAAGCUACAUCCGGCCUGCAGCGGCUAGUGGGGGGCGCUGGGGUAAGGGGGACGACUACACGGACAUGACGUUUAUGAGUGGAGACAGGACCAGUCCCACCGCCAUGCUCCAGCACCUGUGCCUCCUGGAGGGGCGCUACAACCCUCCCGGACCUGCCACCCUCCCUCCCAUUAGCCCUGGGGCAGCCGCAACUGAGCCCAAAGUGGUGCGAGCAGAUCCACAGGGCAGGAGACGCCACAGCUCUGAGACCUUCUCCACCAACGCUCCGGCGGGAGGGGCCUCGACCCACGCCACAGCUACCAAUCAGGGAGCAGCCAACGGGUCCUACCUGCCGGACGGUCAGACGUCCAGGUGGAGCAGCUCUGCCUCCUUCGACAGCGUGUGGAUGUCUGUGGAGGGGCUGGGAGCAGAGUCUCACCUAUCCCAGCCUCGGGGCUUCGAUUCGGGCUUGUCUCCAGUGACGUCGGCCUCCUCUUCCUCCUCGGGGUCGUCUGGGAGCCGGAUCAGUCGGAACGCCGGAUAUCAGAAUGGACUGAACUACAUCGCUCUGGAGCUGAGGGACGACGGCAGCACCGCAACAACAGUGACUUCCGGCAGCGACACCGGAAGCUCGUCCACGCCCACCGGAGCCCCACCCCUGCCUGCUGCUGCCAUGGCGACAGGAGCCACGCCCACCGGAGCCCUGCCCCUCCCUGAGAACGCCGCCUAUGCCAGUAUAGACUUCAGCCGCUCGGACCGGGUCUCCUCCACACAGGACUGAGGGCCAGGACCUUCUUCUUCUUGAAGUGGACGCUGCACCGGCGCCCUCCAAACUGCUGCUCCCUCCUGGACAACGCCUGUCACUACAACUCUAACCUUCAUUUGAUUUUUGAUUUUUUGAUUUUUUGAUUUUUUUUUUUUAAACAUAUCUCCUCUUUUGUUUUCUAAUAAUAAUAAUAUUGAUACAACCCCUGUCCCUUCUCCAUUGCGGGCUGCUUUCCCAAAACGAUGAACUGUGAAAUAAAAAAAAAAAAAAAAGGGAGAUUGGACUCUUCAGCCAAUAUGGUACUGACAAAAGCACCAAUGUUGAUUACUUCUAUCACAAUUUUUGCCCCUAAACCUGUUUACCAUGUGGCAUUUACUUGUGUCCCCCUUCCUUAAAAUCGGUACAGGGCAGCGGAAAUGAAAUCUUGUUAAAAUGGCUUCCAAAGUAAUUUAAAAUGAAAGUGAGCUUUUGUUCAAAUAUUUCAGAUUUCGAUUCAUUUCAAACCAAGGUGAGUUUUUUGUGAGAAUAUUUGUCUUCAAAAAUAUUCACGACAAAAUUGAACAAAAUAAUCUGACAUAUUUCAAGAUUUUAAAAUUCUCAUUUCACUUUUGAAGGAAAAAAUUAACCCUGGGCUUGACUAAAUAUGUAAAUUCUAAAAACAGCUGAGCGAGACACACGGGAGGGCAUCUGACGCAGCGACAUUCAAAACACUGCAGGAUUUUCACACAUUUUAAAUUUGAAGCCAUUUUAACAGACGUGCUUUAUUUUUCGCUGUGAAGUUUGUGGCUGGGUCCAUUCAAGCUUCAGGAGCGGUACAAAACUCUACAGCGCCCCCUACGCUUCGAUGAGGGGGACGUUUUUUCACAGUUUACCAGUGCAGUUUCCUCUAGUCUUGACAUUUCUGGUACUAAAAUGGCCCAUCAAAUACAAAACGAUACAAGCAGUAUUUUUUGCAGUUUUCUAUCAUAAUUUAUUCAGAUUUUUACCUCAUGAGGAGCGCAGUUCAAAAUUCAAAAAAGCGUUAAAGAGUUAAUUUUGGAUUUUGUUUGUGUUCACAUAUAUAAUUGUUUUCAAAAUUGUUUGACGAGUCAUUUCGACAUUUCUAUUUCAAAAAGUUUACAUUGAUUUGCUCAGACAAUGUGCUGUAAAAAUGAAAUAUGGCCAUUUGGGAAAGUUUGUUCAGAUAAACCCAAAUGUUGCUUUGUGUGAAUAAAAAUAUUCCUGGUUUAAUUCAUUACAGGAAGAAUUUGA